AUGCCGUGAGAGGUGUGUGUCGAUUGGACAGAAUCAGAUGUCAAUCAAGACGUUGCUAUGGCAAGAUACAUUGCCCUGGAGUCAGUGUUUAAUACUUACUUUAUAUAACAGCGUUCUACAUCCCCAAUGUGGAAUUUCUGUUCAAUAUUAGAUUUAACAGAUCAAUCAAUCGUUUAUUGAUCGGUGGAUUUAAUAAGUGAAUGAAUGAAAAAUGAUUGAAAGCUGUUAAAUGAAGAAGCUGUUGUGUUGAUAAAACACAGAUCUCCUUUGUGGCCUUUCUUAUGGGUAAAUCUUUUUUAAAUAAAUAUUGUCAUUUUUUUCCUUUCAUCCAAAUAAGAUAAUCAGUAGAUCUAGGAGCAACCUCAUGGUGGGUUGCGUUCUUUAAGUACUGCACAUCGAGCCUGUAAGACGGAGGCCUUUUUCCUUCAUUAUAACUUACAGGAGACAGACGAUACAACUAUACAGUGGUCAAGACGGUUACUGUUAGGAGUCUACAGCACAGUAUGCAUGUGUGGUUCUUACGGCUCCCUCUGGCCUCUGGGAGUAGGGGGAAGUUGCCCCUAGUUGCUGAUCCUGGGUCAGUUUACCAUUUCCCCCCACUAAUGGUUAAGGUUAGGUUUGUGGGAGGGGAAGCUGAUCCUAGAUCUGUGCUUGGGGGAAACGUCACCCCAGAGCGCAUCUCUGAAGGAGAGGUUUCUCAGACAGUCCAGGUCUAGGAGAGGAUUUGUCGCUAUUUUUUAUUUUGGUUUUGGUUGCAUCCCAUUUGGUUGCAUCACUUUUUAUAGUGCACUACUUUUGACAAGGGCCCAUAGGAUUCGGGUCAAAAGUAGUGCACUAUAUAGGAAAUUGGUGCAAUUUGGAAUGCACACUCUGUACAUGUUGAAGUCAGGACCAUCUCUACUAGGCCAGUGAGUACCUCACAUGUACGCUAGACUCCUCUGUCUCAGAGCAAUGUCCUCUUCCAUGAGUUGGGGUCAAUUCCAUUUCAAUUCUGGAGGUACACUGAAAUUCCAAUUUCUUCAAUGCUUUUCAGUUAGAGAAUUGUUUUAUUUGGUUUACUUUCUCAAUUGACUGGAAUUGAAAUUGAGUUGACCCCAACCCUGCACAGAUACACACAGUAGCCUUCUGUCUGAGCUGAGGCAUUACCUGUUCGAAACGACCAAAAUCUAUCGACUCUUGUUUGUUUUUUCUAAGAGAUGAUAUCCUUAGGGGGUUGUGUUUAUUCUUUCGUGGUUUGUUUAUUUUUUUCUACUUAUUACAAUUGUUCUGAGAUCUUCUGUAAUGUGAGAUUGUUACUGAAAAGAAAACACUAGUUUAUGCAAAUGUAUAAAUGGAAAAAAACAAAGCAUCACCAACGAAAGAAGCCUUGAGAAAAUGUAGUUUUUUUGAUUGUCCCAUCAUGAUCCUUUAUCUACGACAUUAAAACUGUUGAUUACAGUUUGGUAAUCUUAACUUUUUUUGGUAAACUUAACUUAAGUUAAGUUUUUAACUUAAGACCAACUUGGUUACUACUGCUUUGGAGUAGAACGGUGGCCUUGGAGCCCUACAGACCCACACACACACACACACACACACAGCCAUCUGGCCAGUGCAUCAGUAUGCAACCACGUGGAGGACCUUGGCUUGGGAAUGAAUAGAUCAGAUUGAGGUAUAAGAAGAGCGGAGAGCAAGUAAAACUCCGGUACUGCAGGAUAAUGUCUUGUCUCAGACACAGUUUGAACAAUUUAACAGAUACUGCACAACAGUUCCAAGGUAUUAUGGAAAAUGUGCAAUUCUGAAGGUUCAGGUUUAUUGUCCUUGGGUAACCUCUCUGUAGUUUAUAGACAAAGCAGCAGCUACACAAAACCAAUGACAUGCUGUUUCUGGCUAAUGUGGCCAUUAAAGAAUAAAGCACAAUCUGAAAUGUCUAGACAAAUAAGAGUUGCUGCUUAGUGCCGUCUGCAAUCUCGAGCUUCCCCAUUUCCAUUAUUCAUAACACACACACACGAGGUCCUCUGAGACCAGGCCACGCUGCCGUUUCUGCUCUAACUGACAGAGAAAAGCAAGAUGUGACAAACAGUAGACUUUCCUCUUUUUAGUGGUAAUAUGCCCCCAUGUGUUAUCUGAAGUUGGAGUUCGUUGGACGGGCAUAGCAUGGAUGACAUUUAUGGGUUUUCUGAUUUGCAGUUGUUUGAGGUUAUAACCUGCAUAUUUACAAUAAAAAUUUAACUACGUUUAUUGGGUUAGGCUACUUUUAUAUUCUUACAUUAUUUUUAUUUUAACUUGGUGAGAUGUCUUAUGAGUCUAUACUGCCCUCUGGUGGUUAUUUACAGUGGUGCACUCCAUGCCUGCAUUUCAAUUUGACCCAGAGGCAAAGAUCAGAUAAGAGAAGACAGCUUGGUAAUUCAUGUUUUAUUUCUAAUUAAUUUCUGCCUGCGUAAAGCAGAGAAUAAAUAUCAAUAUGAUAUGCAGCAGCAGUGAGACUUCUUGGUUGGUCUAAACCAGUGUAGAUACUGUAGUAGGUCUUGGUAACGCGUCAGUGUGUUGGACCUUCAGGUCUAGUAACUUUCCUGGAGGGUUGCUACUAGCCCAGGUGCCAGUCUAUCUGCUUCUGCUCAUGUUUGGCAUGGAAACUCCAUAAGGAGUUGGCAAGAGAGCAGGAACAGACUGCCUUCCGGUUCCAGGCUAGGUUGCCACCCCUGCUGGCUAAAAUACGCAAUAGGUUCAGAAUGGUUGUAGGUUGACUAGAAGCACGUUCUCUCCCCGUAUGAAGAGCUGGUUGACGUGGCGUGUGUGAACCCUCCCGUAGGGCUGGGGCCCUCUUCUCUGGGGCCCCUCGGUCCCUGACUCCUGACCUUUAACAUUUGACCCCUGGGUCUUAGCUGUGGCCCCUAGGGCUCCAGGUUCAUUGCCCACUGUGGCCCUCGCAAGUCGGGGGUCCACUGCCCUAGGGUCCCCUCUCCUCCUGAGGUCCCCUCGUCUGCCGUCUCUGGUUUGGGUCUCAGACGGGGGAUGGAAGGGUUCAGCUUUCCUCUUGUCUAUCUGCUUCUUCUCACAUUCUCUCAGCGCCGCACUCUCCUGGAGUUUCAACUUGUCAAAGAGCUACAGAAGGAGAGGGGGGACAAAGGGGUUAAAACAGUCUUUGCGAUAGCUAAUGAGUUUGUUUUCUGAAUGCAGAGAAUGAUAAUGGCUGUACCUUUUUUAGUGAGUGUUACAUGAUCUGGAAAUGUCAUCAUCUGCAUCCAAAACAACACCCUAUUCUCUAGAAUGCACCACUAGACUAGAGGAUCAGAGCCCUUCGGUGGCAGCCAGACCUACCCGUGUGACAGUUAGGGCCUUCUCGUGGUAGAGAGCUUCACCCAGCAGAGGUUCCCUGUAGGUCUCAUCUACAUCUACCAUCGCCUGGCAGGGAGAGAGAGAGGAGAGGGAAUAGAGUGUGAGUGAGAGAGAGGACAGCGAUGUGUAAGGUUAUGUGGCGGCAGGUAGCUUAGUGGUUAAGAGCGUUGUGCCAGUAACCGAAAGGUCGCUGGUUCUAAUCCCCGAGCCGACUAGGUGAAAAAUCUGUCUGUGCCCUUGAGCAAGGCACUUAACCCUAAUUGCUCCUGUAAGUCGCUCUGGAUAAGAGCGUCUGCUAAAUGACUAAAAUGUUAAAUGUAAUGUGAGCACUGUCUUACAUCAGACUAUAGUCUAGUCUGUAAGCCACCAUUCUCAUCGACGGGGCUGUAGUGGAACAGGUUGAGAGCUUCAAGUUCCUUGGUGUCCACAUCACCAACGAACUAUCAUGGUCCAAACACACCAAGACAGUCGUGAAGAGGGCACGACAAAGCCUAUUCCCCCUCAGGAGACUAAAAAGAUUUGGCAUGGGUCCUCAGAUCCUCAAAAAAUUCUACAGCUGCACCAUCGAGAGCAUCCUGACUGGUUGCAUCACCGCCUGGUAUGGCAACUGCUUGGCCUCUGACCGCAAGGCACUACAGAGGGUAGUGCGUACGGCCCAGUACAUCACAGGGGCAAAGCUCCCUGCCAUCCAGGACCUCUAUACCAGGCGGUGUCAGAGGAAGGCCCUCAAAAUUGUCAAAGACUCCAGUCACCCUAGUCAUAGACUGUUCUCUCUGCUACCGCACGGCAAGCGGUACCGGAGUGCCAAGUCUAGGUCCAAAAGACUUCUCAACAGCUUCUACCCCCAAGCCAUAAGACUCCUGAACAGCUAAAUCAUGGCUACCCGGACUAUUUGCACUGCCCCCCCACCCCAUACUUUUUACGCUGCUGCUACUCUGUUAAGUAUUUAUGCAUAGUCACUUUAACUCUACCCACAUGUACAUAUUACCUCAACUACCUCAACUAGCCGGUGCCCCCGCACAUUGACUAUGCAACGGUACCCCCCUGUAUAUAUAGCCUCCCUACUGUCACUUUAUUCUAUUGUAUAUAUAGCCUCCCUACUGUCACUUUAUUUUUACUUCUGCUCUUUUUUUCUCAACACUUUUUUGUUGUUUUAUUCUUACUUUUUCUGUUUAAAAUAAAUGCACUGUUGGUUAAGGGCUGUAAGUAAGCAUUUCACUGUAAUGUCUGCACCUGUUGUAUUCGGCGCAUGUGACCAAUAAAAUUUGAUUUGAUUUGAUUUGAUUUGAUUUGAGAGGCGGUGUAGGGUAAGGGCGAGGGAAGGGGGUGAGCUCUCACCAUGUUCCAAAACUUGUCGAAGGCCACUAUAAAGCCAGAACACACUCCACGGAGCCCCUUGAAGGUUCUGAUGUGAACUUUCACCCUGAUCCUCUCCUCCACGCAGCGGUGCAGCUCCCCCAGAGGACUUCCUGUAUGGACUGUAUAAACAGGAAGUAGACAUGAAAUAGAAUUCACCUGGCUGAAAUAGAAUUCUCCUGGCUGUCAACCACAAGUUUGACUCAUCAAUAAUGCCCCACAUAUCAAUAAAGUGUUUUAAUUUGCCUAUAUAUGUGGCAAUAUGAGACAAUGAUCAUAAGUAAGAAUGAAAGAGGUCAUGUUUUGAUCCGAAACCAAACCACCAAAAACUAAAUUAUUCAAAGCAGACCUACAAUAGCUAGAAAUAAUUCACGACAUACGAGGCAUCCUGGUCAGGACAUUCUUGGCAGCCUUCUGCAUUCUACAACGCCGGGCAGUGCCGCUGGUCCCCUCCUCUCCAUCUUCUCCCUCUAUCGGGUUGUUCACCAUCAACCUCUUCAGUUUCUCUAUCCUCUCCGGAUCCGCUACACCUUUCCUAGCUUUCCUCUGUUUUUUCUCCACGUUCUCCGGCUUGGCGCGGCCCCGCCCCCCCUUCAGAAAGCUCUCAUACUCCGCAAUGUUGUUGAAGCAUUUCACGUUGGGGUAUGGAAGAGGCACUGUAGUCGAGUAGAGCGCCAGGAGUGGAUCAAAUUUAUCGGAGGUGACGUCCAACUUUGCCGCGAUAUCAUCUUCUUCUUCUGCCGUAUGUUCGGUUGCAUCUGAAGCACAUGCACUUGUUGAUUCUUUCUUUUCUGAUUCUGGACAUUUUUGUUGUUUAUCUCCUCUUCUUUCCCUCUCCUCCAUGUUUGAAACAACCGCAGACAUGCACGAGGCUAAGAAUCAUGGGAAAGUUAUUCUUCCGCUGCAUUUCUCUAUUUUCACCAGGAGAGGGCGCUGAAGUACCAUGCAGCAGAAUUGAGGCAGAUGCAACAAAAUUACAUAUUAGUUGUUUUUUUAUAAUUUUUUUAAGGGAAUUAUGUCCAGGAACUGAACUAAAAGAUAAUCAACAAAAAUAAUUAAUAUUAGUUUGUUUUUGUUUCUUCUUUUUUUGUAGUGAGAUCGUAGAUGAGAAACUGUUCCGGAACUGAAAUUCGCAGUAUCUGUUCGAGUAGGACCUAUUUGGUGGAUGGACUGUUUACAAUCGCUGGCGAAAAUAACUUGUUCUGUCCUUUGCCAGCUACAUUCUCACAAAAACAUUUUUUUUACAGCACUGCCUCGACAAUAGCAUCACUUACAAUGAUUCAACUAAAGUAAACUAAGUUAUAGCAUUGUAUUAAGGAAGUAUUCAUCAUGAUCCGAAGAGGAUGACAACCAUUUGUAAGUACACUAUAUAUACAAAAGUAUGUGGACACCUCUUGAAAUUAUUGGAUUCGGCUAUUUCAGCCACACCCGUUGCUGACUGGUGUAUAAAAUCGAGCACACAGCCAUGUAAUCUCCAUAGACAAACAUUGGCAGUAGAAUGGCCUUACUGAAGAGCUCAGUGCCUUUCAACGUGGCACGGUCAUAUGGUGCCACCUUUCCAACAAGUUCAUCAAAUUUCUUCCUUGCUAGAGCUACCCCAGUCAACUGUAAGUGCUGUUAUUGUGAAGUGGAAACAACGGCUCAGCCGCGAAGUGUUAGGCCACACAAGCUCACAGAACGGGACCGCCGAGUGCUGAAGCGCGUAGCGUGUAAAGUCGUCUGUCCUCGGUUGCAACACUCACUACCGAGUUCAAACUGCCUGUGGAAGUAACGUCAACACAAGAACUGUUCGUCGGGAGCUUUGUGAAAUGGGUUUCCAUGGCCGAGCAGCUGCACACUGCCGAAUAUCACCAUGUGUCAAUGCCAAGCGUCAGCUAGAGUGGUGUAAAGCUCGCUGCCAUUGGACUCUGGAGCAGUGGAAACGCGUUCUCUGGAGUGAUGAAUCAUACUUCACCAUCUGGCAGUUAGAUGGACGAAAGUUUGGUGGAGGAGGAAUGAGGGUCUGGGGCUGUUUUUCAUGAUUCGGGCUUGGCCCCUUAGUUCCAGUGAAGGGAAAUCGUAAUGCUACAGCAUACAAUUACAUUCUAGACGAUUCUGUGCUUCCAACUUUGUGGCAACAUUUUAGGGAAGGCCCUUUCCUGUUUCAGCAUAACAAUGCCCCCGUGCACAAAGCAAGGUCCAUACAGAAAUGGUUUGUCGAGAUCGGUGUGGAAGAACUUGACUGGCCUGCACAGAGCCCUGACCUCAACCCCAUCGAAGACCUUUGGGAUUAAUUGGCAUCCUCUCCUCUCUUCUGAACUGAAUGAUCUGUGCAGACUGAAUAUGUGGAGAAAAUCGUUACCAUAAAAGGAAGUUCCUGUCCCAUUUCACAGUCAAUUGCUUAGUGACCAAGAAGGAAGGGAAGGAGGCAUUUUAUUAUUGAGAUGCACCCUUGAAGUGGACUGGGGAAACUGAAUGAGAAGCCAGGUGACAAAUUACCACUAGUGUUAGUAACUGUAGCUCGACCCACUGACUGACUGACCCACUGACUGACUGACCGACUGACUGACCGACCCACUGACUGACUGACUGACUGACCCUGUGUUGCUGUAGGUUUGCAGAGCAGCACAACUUCCUGAAGCCCAAUGAUGACAGAGCUCUGGGUCUGAUGACGCGCAGUGCCAGGUCUGUCAUGGAGGACCUGGAUGACAUCAUCAUCUCGUACGGACAGAGUGACGAGUUCAGCUUCGUCUUCAAGUGGACCUCCAACUGGUUCAAGAGGAGAGCCAGGUAAUAGAAUGUACAGAGAGACACACACACACCGCCACACAGACACUCCCCAACCACACACAUCCACAGCCACACACAAUAAAUGUUUAUUGCGUUUGAGUGACCCCUCACUUUUCUCAUCUUCUCCCUCCUCUACCUGCCCUCCUCCAUCCACCCUCCACUCCUCUCCCCCUCCUCUACCUGCCCUCUUCCAUCCACCCUCCACUCCUCUCCCCCUCCUCUACCUGCCCUCCUCCAUCCACCCACCCUCCACUCCUCUCCCCCUCCUCUACCUGCCCUCCUCCAUCCAUCCACCCUCCACUCCUCUCCCCCUCCUCUACCUGCCCUCCUCCAUCCACCCACCCUCCACUCCUCUCCCCCUCCUCUACCUGCCCUCCUCCAUCCACCCACCCUCCACUCCUCUCCCCCUCCUCUACCUGCCCUCCUCCAUCCAUCCACCCUUCACUCCUCUCCCCCUCCUCUACCUGCCCUCCUCCAUCCACCCACCCUCCACUCCUCUCCCCCCUCCUCUACCUGCCCUCCUCCAUCCACCCACCCUCCACUCCUCUCCCCCUCCUCUACCUGCCCUCCUCCAUCCACCCACCCACCCACCCUCCACUCCUCUCCCCCUCCUCUACCUGCCCUCCUCCAUCCACCCUCCACUCCUCUCCCCCUCCUCUACCUGCCCUCCUCCAUCCACCCACCCUCAACUCCUCUCCCCCUCCUCUACCUGCCCUCCUCCAUCCAUCCACCCUCCACUCCUCUUCCCCUCCUCUACCUGCCCUCCUCCAUCCCCCCUCCUCCCCCCUACAGUAAGCUGAUGACCUAUGUAGUGUCCCAGUUCUCCUCUUCCUAUGUGUUCUACUGGAGGGACUAUUUCGGAGACCAGCCCCUCCUCUACCCCCCAGGGUUUGACGGGCGGGUGGUUCUGUAUCCUAGCAACCGCAACCUCCGGGACUACCUCAGCUGGAGGCAGGCUGACUGUAAGUGUACACACACACACACUCUCCUAUUCCCCCAAUACAUGAUCCUGUGGGUGUGUGCUUUGAAUACAGUAGAUUUUCUUCCAUAUUUCUGGUUCUCUUUCAUAAUCCUGUGUGUGUGCUCUCCAGGUCAUCUCAACAACCUGUAUAACAGUGUUUUGGACGUUGGUGCAGAAAGGUGGACUCACCACUACACAGGCAGAGGAUAGGCUAAAGGUGAGACUUACUCCAGUCAGAUUAGCAUAAUUACAGCUUUGGGGGUAUGUCACAGUCUUAAAAUAUCUGCUCUUUUUGAGGUAUGUAAUUUUCUAAGGGGCAUCUGCUUGUUGGUCAUAACUUUAUAAUUAUUAUGAUAAUAGCUUUAGGAUGGAUGACUACAUCAUGUUGUUUACUUUCACUGAAAACUACCUCAGUUGACCUUUCCAUAUUUAAUUUACCAAGCCCUUUAGAUACAUAAUCAAAUCUCUGAUGUAUCUCCCUCUCUCUCGGCCUCUGUCUGUCUCUCUCUCUCUCUCGCUCCCUCUCUCUUGGUCUCUGUCUGUCUCUCUCUCUCCCAGGGAACGUUGGCAGCAGAUAAGAAUGAGAUCAUGUUUUCUGAGUUUGAUAUCAAUUACAACAAGGAGCCUCUGGUCCACAGGAAAGGAACCACCCUCAUCUGGGAGAAGGUGAGAUCUCAGGUUGUCUUUAAUGCACCCUAUUCCUUAUAUAGAGCCUCCUGUCAAAAGUAGUGCACUAUAUAGAGAAUAGGAUGCCAUUUCAGAUCCAUUCAUAGAAAUACUUCCUGGCUUGUGUGUGAGGGCAGUAGGUAGCGGUUAAGAGCGUUUGGCCAGUCACUGAAAUGCCUCUGGUUUGAAUCCCAGAGAUGACUAGGUAAAAAAAUCGGUCAAUGUGCCCUUGAGCAAGGCACUUAAUCCUAAUUGCUCCAGGGUCGCCUUGCUCAUCCCUGGCCGUGACACCCCACUCCAAGGGUGUCUGGGGGAGUGAGAUUAUAAUUCACACGUCUGAAGUAGGACAAAUGUAAGCACCCACCUGCUAAUUACUAUUAUUAUUAUAUUAUUAUGAUGGUUAACCCCAUCAUUCGCUUCUGUCAAACUCUCUACCCCCCUUCCUCCCUCCCUCUGUCCCAGCUGGAAGAAACAGUGACCAAGACUGUGAUGCUCCCCAACGAGGAGAAGGAGGAGGAGGAGGAGGAGGAGGAGGUGCCAGUGACACGCACCAGGAGACGUGUCAGUGCCCACCACUGUGACGUCAUAGGGGACCAGUUCUGGGAGGAACACCCCCACAUUCUAGAAGAUGACAACUGCUGA